CUCUGCGCAGCUAGCAGCGGCGGCUAAUCCGGCUAACGGCGGCGGUGAUGGCGGAGCUGGUGCAGGGACAGGCCUCGAUGAACCAGCCGGGGCUCAAGUCAGACGGCCUGGUCGAUGCUUUACAGAGGGCCCGGCAGAUUGUGGGGAAGAUGGGGCAGGAAGCCAUGCCCCACCUGAACAGCUCCUCGGCCAGCGUGGAGCCCACGCUGUACUACCCUGGACAGAAACGACCCGGAGAGGACGGAGUAGGUAACCAGCUGCCAGCCAUGGGCCAUCAAAGGGUGAUGACGGAGGAGUACAAGGUGCCGGACAGGAUGGUGGGCUUCAUUAUCGGCCGGGGAGGAGAGCAGAUCACCAGGAUCCAGCUGGAGUCCGGCUGUAAGAUCCAGAUCGCGUCCGACAGCGGCGGCCUGAUGGAGCGGCCGUGUUCGCUGACGGGAACCCCGGAGAGCAUCGAGCAGGCGAAGCGGCUGCUGGUGCAGAUCGUGGAGCGGUGUAGGAACGGUCCGGGUUUCCAUGGAGACGGGGACGGCGGCACCUCCGUGGUGGAGAUGCUGAUCCCCGCCAGCAAAGUGGGUCUGGUGAUCGGUCGGGGAGGCGACACCAUCAAGCAGCUGCAGGAGCGGGCCGGCGUCAAGAUGAUGAUGAUCCAGGACGGCCCGAUGCCGACCGGCGCCGACAAGCCGCUCCGCAUCUCUGGAGAUCCGUACAAAGUCCAGGCGGCCAAGGAGCUGGUUCUGGAGGUGAUCCGGGAGAAGGACGGGGACUUCCGGUCCGGGCGCAGCGACUUUGGAGGCCGGCUGGGAGGAACCAGUCUGGAUGUUCCGGUUCCCAGGUUCGCUGUCGGCAUCGUGAUCGGAAGAAACGGAGAAAUGAUCAAGAAGAUCCAGAAUGAUGCGGGAGUCAGAGUUCAGUUCAAAGCAGAUGACGGCAUCAGUCCGGAGCGCGUUGCCAUGGUGAUGGGUCAGCCGGACCGCUGUCAGCACGCCGUCCACCUCAUCAACGAGCUCAUCCAGACGGCUCAGGAGCGGGACGGCUUCGGCUCCGCCAUCCGGAGCGCCAGGGUCAGAGGUCGCAGCGACUGGGCGAUGGGCUCCCCUGGUCCUCUGCAGGAAGUGACCUACACCAUCCCAGCGGACAAGUGCGGCCUGGUCAUCGGCAAAGGGGGAGAAACCAUCAAGAGCAUCAACCAGCAGUCCGGGGCCCACGUGGAGCUGCAGAGGAACCCGCCGCCCUCCACCGACCCCAACACCCGGGUCUUCACCAUCAGGGGCACCGGCCAGCAGAUGGAGGUGGCCCGCCAGCUCAUAGACGAUAAGAUCGGGGGCUCAGGGAUCAUGAGUAACGGAGGAUUCGGCUUCAGCCCCUUCACUCAGGGCCCCGCGGCGCACCAGAACAGCGGUCAGCCCUUCGUGACCGGGGUCUGGGGCAACACCUACCAGACCAGCUGGCAGAACCCUGGACAGCAGGACCCAGGUCACAGUUUGGCUCAGACAGGACAGAUGGACUACUCCAAAGCAUGGGAGCAGUACUAUAAGAAGCUAGGUCAGCAGAACCAGCCUCAGAACAUGAUGACGGACUACAGUAAGGCCUGGGAAGACUACUACAAGAAACAGAGUCAGUCGUCUCAGCAGAGCUCGGUGCCAGACUACACUGCAGUGUUAGCAGAAUACUACAGACAGCAGCCCUACCUGUGGAACCCCGCCCAGAUACAGGACCACUAGAGGCUCCUGGACGGCGGCUCCCGGCCUCGGACGCUCGUUGACAGCAACCAAAACGUGGUUUCCAAGCAACGCUCUGCCGCUUCUUUCUUCCUUUUUGUAGAGAAAACUAAGGAUUAACUGAAAAAUCACAAACUCUUUUCUUUCUGUUUUUUUUUUAACCUUACAGAGUUGAUAUUUUGUCGGGCAGAUUUUUUGGGACUAGCCUCUGGUCUCCACAGCAUAGACCUGUUUUUUCUUUUUUAUCAAACUUGAACUUAAAAGAUCUAUCAGUGUGGCUUUGAACAAAAACAAACCCAGUAUAAUCUAUAUUUUGUCUAGUUUUAUUUUUCUGAUAAACGGUAAAAGACUUAGCAGUCUUGAGUAAGAAAAUCAGAUAUAUUAUUUUGUUUAUGAUAAUGUUUUAAAGCAUGCGUCAGAUUGUGUGUUCACUCUCAGUUAUAUUUUUUUUAUUUUGGCAUAGAAAUAUUUUAAUAGCGUUGGAUGGAAAUGUGAUGUUUUACCGUCGGAGAUGAAACUGUAUUUUGUACUAAAUUGAUGCUCGCUGGGUCUGUUUAUACUCCCUCUAAUUUUACCUGUUUAGUCGCCAUCUUGGAGGUGCAAUGACACGAUUGUUGUUUUCUUUGGUUUGAUGAUGAUUCUUAUUCCUGUUUAUCGAUAGCGAUCUCUCUAGGUUUUAUUAUGUAACGAUGAAAAAAAUGGCGAUUUAUAUUGCGUUGUCUAAAGCCAGAUCUCUCUGUGGUCAGUCGCUCGAAUCCUGGCAGAACCGAGCCGCCGCGGUUCUGCCCGCCGUCUCUCCUGGUUUGCGUUCGGACCGUCUGUCUGCGUGGAGGUGAACGCUGAAGUGUCACCUCGGCUCGGGGGCGUCGCCGGAUUAAUGUUUUUAGCUGAAUGUAGCCGGCGCCGGAAAGGCUCAGCGGGUCCGACGUGUCUCUGCUGGAUCCAGGCGUCUGGUCCGUGAAUCGGUGGGUUGGCUGCACGCCGACCAACAACGAUCAGGUUAGCCCUGACAGUUACCAUUUUAAUGCGCUAAUGUUGUCAACGCCGGUUCGCCCUGAUGGACCUUUAAAAGAGCCGACGUCAUAAAACAGCUGUUGCUCAUUAAAUUUACUGAUAUUCGGUUCUAACAACCGCCUGUUUCACCUGAAUAACCAACCUGAGUAAAACUAGCCUCACAUGCAUUAAUUAGACAGAAUUAACAGCAUAUUAAUCUCUCUUUUAUUGCCCCAAAACCACCAAAUUGGCACCAAACGAUAACUAAUCUAACAUUUCAUUAGACUUUUCUCCAUAAAUAACAUUUUAACAGAUGUACUAAGAAUUGCUAAAUAAAUCAUUUAAGUUAAACCCUUCAGCUACAUUUUCCACAAAGAAAUAAUGUGAAUAUUAAGGUCCAGAACUUCAGCGAGCCUGUUUAUAUUUUUAAUAUCAGUUAAAUAGAUUUCCUACCUGACCACAGCUGAGCUUUCCUUGUAGAUCUUUAAUCUACUUUAACAAAAUCCCCAACUGGAACAGCGAGUCGUUCGGUAGUUGAAGCUUCUCAUGAUCGUCUUAAAUGUGCAAAUUUUCAUGUUAGCGCGUCGUCUUCAGCUCGCAGCAUAAAGGUUCGUAAAGGUCUACAACACAUCGCAAAAACUACAAUCAAAAUACCAAAAAAAACGACGGUAAACCGACGUCCGACUUUACAAAACACAGAUGUGAGUUUAAAAUUAAAAUAAUAAUGUGAGAACUGCCGACAGCAGAGUUAGCCGUUUUCAGUAAGGUUCUUUUUUUACCUUGCAAACUUACAUAACGGUCUAUUAGCAUUACGAAAAGGUUAAAUAAUGAGCAAUCUGAAACUAGCUAGCGUAGCAUAGCGUAGCCUCGCGCUAAGCUACGACAACAUUUCCAUCAGUUUGCUCGUCUCCAACUUUAUUAGUUUAAAUCUUCCAACAAACGGUAAAAUCCGGUCCUGUAUCUUUCAACCUCGUAGUUAGCAUUAGGGACUCGGUUUUAUUAACGUCUGAAUAUCUGUAGCACAAAGGAAAACAUCUUAAAAUCUGGCGAUGUUGUGAAUUGGGAACCAAGAAGGUAUUCAGGAUUUUUAAAACACUGCAAGAAAGAAAGUGAAACAGCCGGCGAUAAAAUGGCUCCAAAGAGACGUCUGUAAACAGUUAAAUAUUUAACGUAAAAUUAUCUGUUUUGAUAGCUAGCUGUCCGAUCCGCUCGAUAAGCUUCACCUGAGCGCAGAACACCUGAGCUGGAGACGCUAGAAGUCGUUAGCUGAAGCCGGUCAAAGCGGCGCUGAUCCGGUUUUAGCCGGGCUAAUGUUCCUCAUACAAGCCGUUGUUCUGUUUUUUUCAUGUACUUGCACAAAUGUAAAUAAGUUUUUGGCUUUUCUUAUCUAACGUCAGCUAAUUUACUGUUGAGCUUAUUUGAUGCGGAUUUGGUAAAAAAAAAAAUAUUUGAAGACUUGUUCAUGUAAUUUUUUUUUUUUUUUUUGAAGUCCCGAAGUUUUCGGUUUUAUCUUUUUGUCUCUAGACGUCGGAUUCCACCUUGGUUGCAGUAUUUCAGAUUCGUUAGCCACGCGUCGUGUUUCUGCUUCCCGCUGUCGUUUGAUCGUCUUAUUUCCGAUCGGCCGCUUGUCCUGCGUGUCGAUGGAGGCGUAGCUGCAGCCGCCGGCGGUGGCGGCGCCGUUAGCCGAACCGCGGCGGACCACAGAGAGGUUUGUCUUGUUUCAGGAGAUCUGGCUGUUCUUGAGUUGAAAUUGAGUCAGUGGUUCUGCUUUUCUGUAUGUGUGACGAUGAUAAAGACAAUAAUAAUGAGUUCUCCUCUUCAGGGGUCUAUUUAAAUCGUAGAAAUAUUCAGUUUGUCAAUGCGAUACUUUGUGUAAAUUUCCACUCUGGCGGGUGCUCUCCAGUUAAAGUGUAUUUUUUGUCCUGUUCUACUGUUAAUUCACAUGUUGUUUAACCGAUCUGCACGUUUGAGUGUGUGUUGUUUUCUCAAGACUGCUAGGUAAACUGCCUCCAUCUGCUCUCCCUGCCGAGCUGAGCGCCGCCGCGUUACAAAGCGGGCCGGGCCUCAGCCUGGACCGGACCGGGCCUCAGCCUGGACCGGGCCGGGCCUCAGCCUGGACCGGACCGGGCCUCAGCCUGGACCGGACCGGGCCUCAGCCCGCCUGCGGCCGGACCGGGCCGGCUCAGGGGCAGGGAGCGCCGCCGCUGCCGCGUUCACGGGGUUUCACGCCCCACAGAAUUAUUAAAACUGCUGGAGGGGACCUUUGCCCGAUGUCCGGUUCUGGUCCCGGGCUCGUUGUGACGGCUCGGUCAGAACCGGGCAUGAGGUCACCUGUCCGCUUCGUUGUAAGGCUUCCUGGUCCAGAGAUUUACUUCUGAGGGAGCUUUUGGUUUCAUGGUUUCUGUUCUUUUUCUAAUGGACAGACGUCCUAACUGUAACCUGCAGAUUUUUCUAUUAGAUUCUAUUGACAGAUAGUUACGUCUGAACCCGAGCCACAGGACUGUUGUGGCAGAUGAUGAUUAAUAUGAGGGCUAAUAAACCGGCUCCUUCUUUCUGA